CAGACGUAUAUCACAGCAGGUGUUGAGCUGUCCCAUUGUCGAGACUGGUGAGUACCUGGGUGUAGCAGACGACAGAUAGAAGACGGCAGACGACACGAUCUAACACCAGAUCUUGAAGCUACAACAGCAUCCUCCACAAUGUCCACACCCACGAUGAUCCUCCUGCUCGCCUUCCUACCGCUAGCCACCGCCCACCUGUACUACCAAACCGACUACUACUACUACUACCCGACGUCCUACUACUACAGCACGGCGCUGCAGUGCUACGGCACCAUGUACUACACCUGGAGCAACACCCUGUACGCCACCACCUCCUACCUGCCCUGCCCCCCUCAGGCCUGCUACUACUCCAUGACGAGAAACGUCUGCUGUAUGACUAACUUCGUGGGAGCUGAUGGUACCACGGUCCAGCAAUGCCGCUGUAGUUCGUCUGUUACCUGUGGCUCGCAACCACUCAUCAACCCCACUGUCGCGCCUACAACAGCAACCACAGCUACCACCACCACACCCACAACUACCACAACUCCAACUACUACUACAACCACCACACCAACGACCACCACAACCACCACCACAACCACCACCACACCGACUACAACAACUACCACCCCAACAACGACCACCACGACAACCACACCAACAACCACAGUACCACCUUCACUGUGCCAGUCAGGGUUCCGACUCCUCAACGGUGUCCCCGUCAGCAACGACUGCAUCUACGGUGGCAUCGCCAACGUCACCUACAAAAACGGUACCGUCGUCUCCUGCAACGCUGUCCUGGCUACAGCCACAGUCAACGGCACCCUGAAGAAAACUUUUGUCACCACGUCAAUAUGUGGUCAGCUGAUCGCCACAGGAACCUUUGAGAUUUCCAUUGGCAACCAAAAUUAUCCAAUCACAGCUCCAAUAUUCUCCAUCACCAAUGGCACCAAUGGAAUCUCUUACAUCACCGUCACUGACCGUUACACCAAUCUGCUGAGUUACCUAGGCACAUGUCAGACGACAGCCUGUGGUUAUAAUCCUACCACAAUGUCCGGUAAAGUGGACUUGAACGAUUGUAAGGUGGUCAGUUGGGGAUCAUCACAAGCAGGACGACUAGUGACCACUGGCCUAUAUGAGACCGCCAUUAAAAUCUCCCCCUCCGGGUGCACCACCCUCCCCAACCUCUUUGGACUGACCACCUCUCUUUGUUUCUCCACGGUCAGCGGCAAGAACCUCUACUGUUCGGGCGACCACGGUGCCCCAGUCUACUGCAAGGCCCCUAGCAACGGCGAGUGGAUUCUGAUGGGAAGCGUUGCUAUGCAACUCGUGUGCAACGGAUCAAGCGAGAUCAAGGUCAUCCCAUUCCCAGGCUAGUCGCUUGCAGUCUAAAACAGCCGUGAGAGACUAGUCGCUUGCAGUCUAAAACAGCCGUGAGAGAUUAUAGAAACUAAGUCAUCGGAACAUCAUAUCUUAUCAGAGUUAUCUGAACAUCAUUAGCUUAUCAAGAGUUAUCUGAACAUCAUUAGCUUAUCAAGAGUUAUCUGAACAUCAUUAGCUUAUCAAGAGUCAUCAGAAUAUCACAAUUUUUCAACAGCAAAUUUGGACUAUGAUUUUUUAAAUUUUUUUUUCUUAAAAUCAUGAUUUUCUAAGUGAUCUGAAUAUCAUGAUUUUAUUCAAGCGUUUUCUGAGCACCAUGUUCUUACAAGCUUUUAUUUUUUGUUGAGAUGGAAGUGAAAUAAAUCCUGAAAACAGA